AUGAGAUUGCUUGGAUCCGCAGCACUGUUGGUAGUGCUGUCAGCGGUUGCUGUCAUCGGUGCGGAUGAAUGGAGCUGGCUUCCGUUGGAAGAUGGACUGCAGGGAGAGGAUAAGGUACGCGAGAAGCGACAGGACAUCGGAGUGCUACCCGCUGCCCAGCAGAACGUCACCGAGGUCGGCGAUGAGGACAUCCUGAGCUUUAUCUUGGAUAGCGGUCGCCAAGGUCGCAGCCUCGAAGGGUUCGACGAGGUGUACAGUGAUCCGUCGGUGCAGGAUGCCCUACAGAAUGCCGACGACGCUCAGGCACGUAACAUCAUCAAGGACAAGCUCUGCUCGCUCGGUUUGAUGCAGUGCGAAGGUGGCGAAUCGAUUGAAGGCAAGCGACCAUACUAUCCGAUCUACGCGCAACAGGCACCACCUCGUCCUAGGCCACCCGUACGUGGCCCUCCGCUUCCUCCGCAACAGUACGCCCAGCGUCCUCCGCUGCCACCGCCGCAAGCUUUACCACCGAAACCCCAGCAUCAGGGACCGUAUGGACCACCGAAACCAAUGCCACUGCCAAACCAUGCGCAGCACAAGAUCGGCUACGCCGGGCCUCAACAGCGUCCACCCUUCGGUGGACCUCCAAAUUCCUUUGCUGGUCCGAGCUAUGCCUCGGCCUAUCCUUCCAAGCCGCUGGGGCCAAUUUACGAAGGUGAUGCACCACCGUUUGAUUUCGAACCGAUCGGUGCCGGAGACAAGAUUUACGAAGGUUCCCUGUCCAAGCCCGGAAUCGUGCUAAAUGAAGGACCACUCGUUAAGCCGGUGGAGCAACACAUUCACCAUCACUAUCACCAUAUCGAUGGUGCGGCUGACACGAAGACUGUCGUCGUCAACAACCCCGUCCCGGUGGCCGCAUCAGUUUUAAGUGGUUCGGCUGUAGUUGGAGGAUCUAGCUCAUCCGGAUUUAAUUCUGCUACAAACGGUGGUCUAUACUCUGCCGGUAGCAUUUACGGCUCUCAGGGACUCUCUGGUAAUGGAUUUUCACCUCUAGCCGGAUCCGAUUUUGAUUACAAAGAGCUGAAAGGCGUCAACAACAACAAUGGUUUUGGACAGUCCGGAGUAUAUGCUGCUCAAUCCAAACCCGUUUUUGAGGGAUCUUCUUCCUCCUUUGGUCAAGGAAACAGUCAGAGCAGCUUGUACAACCAGGGACCGGCUCAGUUUGGCAGCAACUCACUGUACAGUGGGGAGACAUCAAGUACCUAUCAGGGUGGUAACGGUGGAGGCUUCCAUUCGUCCAACCCAGCUCUCUACAAGAAAGAAUUGAAUGUGAAGGGACCAGCCGCUUCGAAUGGUUUGGGAACCUAUGCCGGUAAUAACUAUAGCAAGUACAGCCAGUAUACUAACGAACAGUACGCUUCGAAUGGAGGACAGUUUGGAUCCAAUGGAGGACAGUUCGGAGCUAAUGGAGGUCAGUUCGGAGCUAAUGGAGGACAGUUCGGAGCUAAUGGAGGACAGUUCGGAGCUAAUGCAGGACAAUUUGGCUCAACGUCUGGACAAUACAGCCAAUUUGGAAAUGGAAACAGCAUUGAGGAUUGUGUGUGCGUGCCCUACGAUCAGUGCCCGGCACAGGACGUGAUCGGACGCAAGGAUGAUCUAAUUCUUCCGCUGGAUCCUCGCAAUCUGAAGACGGACAUCGAAGCUGCAGCUGACGAGGUCGUCAUUACUGACGGAAACGGUACGAUGACAGUGGUACGUGUACCAAAGAAUGCCACGGUCGAACCAGACACCAAGAACAAAAAGAUUAGCAAGCGUGAGGCAGCGGAAAGCAAAUCGAGCGAAGCAAAGGAUAAGGCCAGUAUUGAACCGCGUUUGUUGGGUGGUGGUAGUGGUGGUGACAAGAAGGUAGUGCCCACAUUUGGAGUAUCGUUCGGUCUGCCGUACCCAUCCGGCUAUCCGCUCAACCCGUACGGUCCCCAUCCGGCGCCGAAUCCCUAUUUCGGAUCGCUCAGUGCGAAUGGUUUGAACCUGGGGCUGAUAAAUGUCAACCCGCUGCUGUCACUCCAGGUGACAAAGGACGAAUAUGGCGAUAAGGUGCUGAAACCGCUGGUCAACUUGCACGUCACACCGACGGAGAACAUUGUACAUAAGAUUGGCGGUCUGCUAGCGGCCAAAAAGCAAAACAUAUACCAUGUGUUCAACCAACACGAACAUUAUCACUCCCAUCAUGGUGGAUACCCCAGACCCCCGCCAAUUUAUCAUCCCCAUCACGUACAUGGGCCACCUCCACCGUACGUUGAUGGACCGAUCCUUUCGAGACCUCCACCGUUCGGUCCCGGUGGACAUCCGGAGCUUAUCUAUACCAAGCCUCCUGGUCCGAUCUACACCGGUGCGGGUAAUUUUAAUAGACCACCUCCGUUUGUCGGUGGACAUCCACCGUUUGGGUCCCCGGUUGGUCCGAACUUUGGACCACCGGUCGGGCCCGGUUUUGGACCUGCGGCAUUUGGUCCGAGACCUCCAUAUUUCCGGGACGCUUCCUCGGUGGUGAAAGACGGUGAACAUGUCGAACAGUAUGACAAUGUUGAGCUAGGCCGUAGCACGAACGUGACAUUUGCGGGUGAAGCAACGAACGCUUACCGUCCGGCUGGUAACUUCAAGUACCAGUCUGUUUAUCCGCAAAAUGAACCGAACAGCAUCAAUGCGAACAGAGCUCAGUACGGUCGGCAGUACCAGAACUAUCGAAAUGAAAACGGACAGACACGAUCUAACGCUGUACGACUUCCGUCCUCCGUUCCGACCCAGAAUGUGCCCACACCGGCACCAGGAUAUUCCGAUGGUAGUCCCACGAUCAGCUUUCCAAGCAGCAGACGCCGACGACGGGCAACGGACGUCAGAGUACCAGACGCGCUGGAAACAGAUAAAGAAAUCGUAGCGACCGAGCUUAAGCAGGUCGAAGCAGGUGAAUCCUCUUCCGUGCAGGAAAAAUCUUUCUCCACAGAAAAGAGACAAGCAUACUACGGCCCACGACCAGGUCAACAACAGCAGCUGCAGCAGCAGUGUAGCGGACGUCAGGUUUGCUGUCGCAGACCAGUUUAUCGUAAUCCAGCGCAGCAGAAUCUGGGCAAGUGCGGUGUAAGAAACGCUCAAGGUAUCAACGGCCGCAUUAAGAACCCGGUUUAUAUCGAUGGGGACAGCGAGUUCGGUGAAUACCCUUGGCAGGUGGCCAUCUUGAAGAAGGAUCCGAAGGAAUCCGUAUACGUGUGCGGUGGUACACUGAUUGACAAUCUGUACAUCAUUACGGCGGCUCAUUGUGUAAAAACAUAUAAUGGGUUCGAUCUUCGCGUACGGCUCGGCGAAUGGGACGUUAAUCACGACGUCGAGUUCUAUCCCUAUAUUGAACGGGAUGUAAUCUCGGUGCAAGUCCAUCCAGAAUACUAUGCCGGUACGCUGGACAACGAUUUGGCCAUUUUGAAGAUGGAUCGUCCAGUGGAUCUCACCAGUGCACCACACAUUGCUCCCGCAUGUCUGCCGGAUAAACAUACCGACUUCUCCGGCCAGCGUUGCUGGACUACCGGUUGGGGUAAAGAUGCGUUCGGUGACUACGGCAAGUACCAGAACAUCCUGAAGGAGGUAGACGUACCGAUUGUAAACCACUACCAGUGUCAGAAUCAGCUCCGCCAGACACGACUCGGCUUCUCGUACAACCUCAACCAGGGUUUCAUCUGCGCCGGUGGAGAAGAGGGCAAGGAUGCGUGCAAGGGUGACGGCGGUGGUCCGUUGGUGUGUGAACGGAAUGGUGUUUGGCAGGUGGUUGGUGUUGUGUCCUGGGGCAUCGGCUGCGGACAAGCGAAUGUGCCCGGCGUUUACGUAAAGGUCGCCCACUACCUUGACUGGAUCAAUCAGGUUCGUGGCCGGUUCUAA